AUGAAGCUCGCAUACUUACUUUCACUCAUAACUGCUGCCUUGGCUACACCUGUACCAGCAAAUAAAGAUCUCAGGCCAUCUUCAACUACUGCCCUCGUGGUUGCAUCGAGCUCAUCGUUAGCGCUGAACACAUUUUCAACUUUGAUUCCAUCUUACACUCCAGUUCCAAGACAAUUGUCCAAAGAGGAAAUUCACUUUAACAACAAGGAAGAACUUGAAAAGAGGGCAGUACAAGCUGAAAAAUCGAAUGUAGAAUACGUAAAAAGGUCUGCACCAGUUCCGGAACCAGAAGUAGUGGAGUAUAAAUUGGAGUAUUGA